AUGGCGGUAUGGGGCGAUGUCCAACUGGCCAUCUGCGCUACAUUUUAUGAUAUGAACAAGAGAUACAAGAGACAGGACACAACACAGAACAAUACACAGAACAAAACAACGACAGACAAACCAACGACAGGAAGUGAUAUCACAAUAACAAAUGAAACAAAUAAGAAGUGCAAUCAUAACGAAUAUAAGCUGACCAUGAAGUCAGACCCGAAACAGAAUUCUUCUCCUCCGUAA